AUGGAGCCCCUGCGAGUUUUGAUGGACACGGACAAUCUGGCACUUGGCAGAGAUUCGGGCAUCAAGGAUCGUCAGAAUGCGGCCUUAAAGGAAAGCGUCAAGUCACCUGGCCGAAGCCGAGGCUUGAGUCUGCUGGACUCCAACAGUCACACUCCUGCUGAUCAGAAGAAAAAGAGCAAGAGUCGCCGCAAGUCUGUCGGGCGCCGCGUUUCGUUUGCCCCAACUGAACAGCUCAACUCAGUCAAGGAAUAUGUGGCUGAUGCCAGUGAAUGGAGUCUGCCGGCCAGCCAUGGGGCUGAUGGUGCGGAUGAUGCGUCAAGCAGUGGCUCUUUUGGCUCAAACAAGCUUUCCAUCAAAUCAGCGCUCAACAGCAACUCGGCUGGAUUUGGAAGCACUGCAACCCGCGGAGCCAUGAGCAUGACGAGCAGCUUCUCUGCGGCCCGAGAUGCGUGGAAGCCCAUGUCCUUGCAGGCAUCCAUGAAUGAGCCUUCCAUGGGCACCGUGCUGGACUUUGCCAUGCCUGCUUCAGCGGCACAGAUGCCUUCAAUGGCUGCUGCCUUUCCGUCUAUGCUACAGGAUGAAGACCAGGUCGAGCCCACAAUGCCUUCUGCUGAAGGCAACGAGGAUCUUCCCAUGCCUCGCGCCAAUGCCGGCGGCAAGCGCAAGUCUUUGGCGUUCAACGAGGACAUGGACUUGACGGAAAACUUGGCCGCGCUGCGUGGUCAGCUGCCGCCCCAGCCUACGGCCAACAUGGAUGAAGAAGCUGAUGCCGAGCUGCCCCCACCUGCUGCGUGCACCAUGGCUCAACCUUCUGUGGAUCGCCGGCAACAGCGCAAAUCUUUGGCCUUUGACACGGAGAUGGACAUGACCGAGAACAUCAGUCAUUGGCUACCCACCUCGACCACGGGGCAUGAAGCAUCUACCGAUCAAAGCAGCAUGGACUGCACACUCCCAGCCCCGCGAGCCGAAGCCAUGGAUAUGUCACGUGGCCAAGCGGAGUUUAUGCACUCUGUUGAUGCACCCGCCGAUGACGUUGGUCUUCCCGGUCCUGCUAACUUUCAAAGUAAGCGCGAGGCACGCAAGUCCAUGGCCUGUGAGGACAUGAUGGACGAGACUGAAAAUCUCUCUCAGUACAAGAUGGCUCCUGCUACUGAGCCAGCGCCCACUGCCACCUUUCAGGCCAAGCGUGAGGCACGUAAAUCGAUGGCCUGCGAGGACAUGAUGGAUGAGACUGAAAAUCUCUCCCAGUACAAGAUGGCUCCUGCUGCCGAGCCAGACCCGCCCACUGCCAGCUUUCAAUCUAAGCGUGAGGCACGCAAAUCGAUGGCCUGCGAGGACAUGAUGGAUGAGACCGAGAAUCUUUCCCAGUACAAGAUGGCUCCUGCUGCCGAGCCAGCACCCGCCGCGGACCCCGCCAGCUUUCAGGCCAAGCGUGAGGCACGCAAAUCGAUGGCCUGCGAGGACAUGAUGGAUGAGACCGAGAAUCUUUCCCAGUACAAGAUGGCUCCUGCUGCCGAAUCAGAAACCACUGCGGAUCCCAUUACCUUUCAAGCCAAGCGCGAGGCCCGUAAAUCCAUGGCCUGUGAGGACAUGAUGGACGAGACCGAGAAUCUCGACAGCUUGCAACGCUCGCCACCUCUUGCCGCCAGCCCGGCUGCACGCUCUUCUGAAGAGGGCGCCAACGAGGCCGACACAGGCAACGAUCAAGUGGCACUGGAGCAGAACCAACAUGAGUCAGUGCUGGUGUCCGUGCCCGGGUCUCACAGCAAGACCGCACGCAGCAAUGGUCGCAAGUCAAUGGCCUGCUUUGAUGACAUGGAUGUUACAGUUGAAAUGAGCCGAAUCGAAGGACCUUCAGCUCCAGAGGAAGCGGAAAUUUCUUCCGUACCCGAAGCCAAGCGGGCCAAGGUAGACAACACUAACGACGCGAGCCUAGAGAUGGACGAGUAUGGAGCAACUUUGCUGCGCGCACCGACUUUUGGGGCUUCUUUCGCGCCUUCCACGUCUGACCAGCUCGAGCCCAAUGCGCUGAAUACAACCCAGAGUCUGGACCAAAGCACGGCUGAUGCACGCGAUAGCACCUUUGAAGUGAACGACCCGGAGACACCGAUCGAUGACAAUUUGGACCAAACCUUUGAUCUGGUUGCUCCGACUGCCACCACCGCUGCCACCACCCCAGCAGUGGCACGAACGCAAGCGGGUGGUCUGCUGAGCCUCAAUGACAGCGAGGACUACUCUGUGGAUGAAUCAGUAGGCCUGUCCUCCGAGUCAUUCGUCAUUGAGUCUGCACCAAGCGAGGCUGCAGCAGAUACACACGCUGAGACGUUGUGUGCGCCAAGCACGACUAGCCUAGAGACCAUGGAUAUUGACGUGGCCGGCCAAGAGUCCGAAAAGAUGCUUGAGGUUGAUGCCGAGCACAACGUCACGCUACACAACGAAGCUGGCGAAGAACAAACUGAGGUCCCUGCCGAAGACAUUGCCGAGCCAGAAAAUACUCACGGCCUCAGUGACGACACUCCGGAUUUGUCGGAGGAGGCUGCCGAAGAUGCUGAUAGCAGCGCCUUGCUCCGUCAGGAAAUCAAGGAUAUGGCUGACUCUAACAUGCGUCGAAUCAACGAGGCAUGCAAAGACAGCAUGCCGACGCUCGAGGGCGACGCCCUGGCGAGCAACGCUCUAACUGACGAGCAGGCCAGCCUAGUGCGCGAGUGUGGUGAAAUCUUUACCAGCUUCAUGCAGAAACUGGAGGUGCGCUUUGCCGGCCGUAUUUCAUCGACGCGCCGCUUGACGCAAGCGGCUCCAGCAGCAUCUUAUGAGCGCAACCCCACCGCAAUCGCACGUUUGAUUCACGAUACAGCCGUUGAGUUGGGCUGCUACAACUGGGCCGUGGAUUAUCUGCAGACAACGACCGACGGCAUCGAACGGGCACUGCCAGCGGAAAUGGCGCGCAUCAUUACCUCGGCCCAAGCCAAGCUCUUUGACACUGUGGAUGCGUUGGAGGGUGCAGAGCUGGAGCGUUAUCAGGCCCGUGCCCUGAAGCUCAAGACAGCUAGUCAUGCCACGGCCAAGCAUAGUUGGUUGGUAUGGCGCCAAAAGUUUGAGACUCGCAUCAGUCAAGGACUACAGGAUGAGGUGCGCGAGCUUGAGCAGAACGCCACAAGUGUUGACGCGCGCUUGCAGGAAUUGCGGGAGUUGCGUGACACCCUCGCAGCACGCCGCGGCGAGUUGACGAGGGGGCGCAGCUCGCUGCAAACGGCCUUGCGAACCCCCGAGCAAAUUGCUGCCAUGCAGGAUCAAGCCGAGCGCGUUGCCUCGUUGCGCGCGCGACUGUCACAGUUGCGCGAACAGGUAGCUACGCGCCGGGCGGCCCUGGCAGAGCAGGAGGAGAAGGUGGCACAGCUGGAUGAAGACGUGCAAGCCAAAUCAGCAGAGGCUGCCGCGCAGCGCGCUCGACUCGAGUCCUUGUGCAAGGAAGGUUCUGCGGAAGAGCUCGCACGCGUGGAGGGUCUGCGUUCGCAGCUUGAAACCAUGAGCGGAUGGGCCAUUGUGGAGCUGUCGGAGGAGCACCGCUUGGAGGUGCUCCACACCACCUCGGGAACGCGCAUGACAGUGCAGUUGCAGGCGGGCACGGAGUCUGAUCGCCUUGUAGUGGCCAGCGUCAAGCUGACGCCUGCGAACGCCUUUUGGGCUGGUCUGCUGUCCAGUGCCAACGUGGCGACAGUGCAUGGACGGGCCUGUGCUGCGGCCCUAGUGCACGUGGCUGCCAUCCUCGACUCGCUGCUGCUUCUGCAAGACGACUUGAGUGUGAUCACAAGUCUCGGUCAAGCCCGACUGACCACACAGGGCUCCCUCAUCAGUGUGACCUUCUCGCUGGCCAGCCAUGCGCUGCAGGCGCGAGGUGAGGCCACGGCGAGUGUGGACAUUGCCAAUCAAUUCGCAUCGGCCGUGCACGUCAAGCUGUUUGAUGGGUCCGCUGAGCUGGCUGCCGAGCUGCAAGGCAAGCUUGAGGCGAUGCCAUUUGCUAGUGGCUACUUUUUGCAGAUUCGUGACACUUUGCGAGCGGGUGGUAUGCUCUAA